CGCGUGAGUCGGGUAUUUAACACUACGCAGCGCGCACGCCGGCCGCUAGUCGCACGCUACCCGCGACGCUUGCGCCGUCCAACACUCUACUGGCAUUUACACGCAUCCCCUAAAUAAACAAUUAGAUAAACUUUGACCGGUGUAACAAAAGAAAACACCCCUUAUGGGGCACAACUUAUUUACUUGGUGCGCAGUAGCGCUAGCACUAUGCGCGCGCGCUACAACGUCCCCGCGCUCCGACUUCAACACGUUCCUGCGCAGUGUGGUAGAGACAGUACCUGAACACGACCCUCUCGCCGCCCCCAUCAGAUCCUCAGUCGAAAGUAUACCACUCAGGAGUCUUCGAGAUGAAGGCGAAAAGCGAUUGCCUUUACGAGAUGCAGUGGAGAAGACACCAAUCGCCAUAUUGGAUCCCGAGACCUUAUACAAAUCUUUAGAGGAUCCGGAAACAAUUCCAUAUUACGAGGGAGUCCCCAACCUUAGACAUUAUUACGGAGCAGCAAGUUACCUGAACAAUGCUACUAGAACUGACGAAAGACUCCAACAAGGAAAUGCAAAUCUACAAGAAAUGCAGCAGGUGACAGGUCCAGCGGCACGCAGGUUGGUGGUGUGUUAUAUGGAGUCGUGGGCGGCCUACCGCGCGCCUCCCUUGGCCUUCACCGCGGGGCUGGUGCCACCCUCUUGCACUCAUCUCCACUACGCCUUCGCUGCCAUACACCCGCACACCUACGCUGUCAUACCCUCCAACGAAGACUACGAUGUUGUCAAAGGUGGCUACCGAAUCGCAACGGGUUUAAAGAAGAGACACCCUGGUCUGCGAGUGGUGAUCAGCGUGGGUGGAGACGGGACUGACAGACUGUUCAGCGAAAUGGUUCAGGAGCCCAUACGACGCACCUCCUUCAUCGACAGCGCCGUCAGUUUCUUGAGAGAACACGACUUCGACGGUCUAGAUCUUCAUUGGGUGUAUCCAGGCGAAAAAGAUGACAAAGAAAAAGAGAUGCUGACCACCCUUCUGUACGAACUCAGGGAAAAGUUCUCAUCGUAUGGACUUCUUCUUUCAACUGUCUUACCACCAUUCAGGUACCAAAUAGAAGAUGGAUACGACCUGACCGCAGUCAGCGGAGCGACAGACUACACAGUCUUACAGGCGUGGGACAUGACACAUGCCAGGGGGGGUGAUCCUCCAACCCGGGCAGUUCAGCACAGCGCCUUACACCGCGACCCUGGCGCGGCAGCGAGAGAUCAACGAUAUGACAAUAUCGAGUUCAUGGUGAAGUACAUAAUUCGCCACGGGAUGGCGGCGGAUAAGGUGGUCCUAGGGGUCCCACUGUUCGGGCGCAGUUACACCCUGGCUCCGUCAACGUUGCCGGCACCUGGUGCUCUCGUCAGCGGGUGGGGAGACGAGGGACAGUACACGCAGACUAAGGGAAUGCUUGCAUACUUUGAGAUUUGCAUGGCAGAGCGUGAAGGCAAAGGUUCUAGCGGCCUGGAUGAAGCUGGCAAUUCUUACGCCGUCUUCGACAACCAGUGGAUUACUUAUGACACACCCUCGAAUAUACUAGAAAAGAUGAAGUUCGUGAUUAGCACCGGCCUAGCGGGCGCUGCGGCGUGGGCUGUCGACAUGGAUGACUUCCGUGGGCUGUGUGGCACUCCCUUCCCCAUGCUAAGAGCUAUCGCUACCAGCCUCAACGGAGAAGCGCUACAAACGGAUCAAUCAUCCCUGAAGCUCGGCGCGUGCGACUCUAGCAGUCCGUACCUAGCGUCAGACGAGAACUCCUGCGCACACUUCCAGUUCUGCACGGGCGGUGUCAACUACCGCCUGAUAUGCGAGGACGAGCGCCUUUAUGACCCCGCCACUGGGUUCUGUGGACAUCAGGACGUAGCCAAGUGCGUACCGGGACAAAGCCUCAGAAUAAAUGUGGAAGACGCGUCGCGAUUCCUCAGUCAAGCAUACCAGGCUGAUUUUGAAUGGGGAGAUGACCCCGUCAAAGACGUCAUCAAAAAGAAUAAUGAACGUGAAAGACUAAUGGACGAAAGUGAUGUUAAAAGAGAAAAAGCCAAUGAUAAGCGCGUGGUGUGCUAUAUGACGAGUUGGGCAUUCUACCGGCGAGGGGAGGGCAAGUUCGUCCCGGAACAAACUGACACCAGACUCUGCACCCACGUGGUCUACGCCUACGCAUCACUGUCGCCAGACGAACUUGUCGCCAAAGAAUUCGACCCGUGGACUGAUAUCACCAACAAUUUGUACGAGCGUGUGACGUCACUAAGCGACGUGAAAGUCCUCCUCGGUCUGGGCGGGUGGACGGACUCCGCCGGAGACAAGUACUCGCGGCUCGUGUCGUCAUCAUCCGCUCGCGCCAAAUUUACGGAAAAAGUGGUCGCCUUCCUGAAGAUGCACAAUUUCCAAGGUCUGCACCUGGAUUGGAACUACCCAGUCUGUUGGCAGAGCAACUGCAAAAAAGGCGCUGUCUCCGAUAAAGCGAACUUUGCUAAGCUGGUUCAGGAACUAUCAACAGCUUUACACAAGACAGGCAUGGAGUUAGGAGUGGCGGUCUCCGGAUACAAGGAAGUCAUCGACUCUGCUUACGACCUACCAGCUCUGUCCAAAGCUGCUGACUUCUUAAGUGCUAUGACGUACGACUACCACGGCGGCUGGGAACGCAAAACCGCACACCACACUCCCCUUGUACCUUCGCCGGGUGAUCCCCUCGCGUACUACUCUAUAGAAUAUGCCAUCAAAGCGCUCAUAGGCGGUGGAGCAGACCCUAAAAAGUUGAAUCUUGGGUUGUCGUUCUACGGGCAGUCAUACAGACUGGCCGACGUAGAGGGCCCUAGUGGACCAGGGGCCCCCGCCGCCGGCCCUGGCGAACCCGGGGAGUUCACCAAACAACCUGGAAUGUUGGCGUACUACGAAGUUUGUUAUAGAGUUAAAAAUAUCAGAUGGAAAACUGGCCGCCAAGACAAAGCAGGUCCCUAUGCCUAUUCUGACAAUCAAUGGGUGGGUUAUGAUGAUCCGAAAUCAAUCACUGAAAAGGUCGAAUGGGCGAUGCGACAAGGUCUAGGCGGUGUGGUGGCAUGGGCUAUCGACUUGGAUGACUUCAGCAACCGGUGCUGUGCGGAGCCUUCACCCCUACUGCGUGCGGCGGGGCGUGCCCUGGGCCGCUCGGUGCCGCCGCCGCCCUCAGCGCCCUGUGAGCGCCCGCCCGAGCCAGUAACGCCGGCGCCGCCUACAACCACUACUGCUGAGUCUGAUGGAUCAGCAACAAGCGCCCCAAGCGGCGAUCACAGCCACCACGAGCACCACACGUCCACCACUUGGCCGAGCUGGAACCCCGGCUCCACCAGCUCCGCCACGCAGCAGACGUGGUGGCCACCAGCCACCACUCCCAUGACCACCACUUCUACUACCACCACUACCACUCGCCGACCCACUGUCGCGCCUUCAAAACCGCCGAGUAACGGUGGUCUAGAAGGCACCCCAUGCCGGGCUGGCGAGUACAAGCCCUCUCCGGACGACUGCGGGGGUUACUUGCAGUGUGAGGGCGGGCACUGGCGCAAACAGCACUGCGCCCCCGGCCUGCACUGGGCCGCCGCGCACAACCGCUGCGACUGGCCGAGCUUCGCCAAGUGUACUGAAUCUCCCAGCAACGAAGCCAGCACAGCGACGACCACUCUGGCGCCGAUGACAUCACGCCCCCCUCCGAGACCUACCACCACGACCACCACUACCACCACCACUACCACCACCAGACGAACCACCACUUCAACUACCACCACCACUACCACAGCUAAACCCACAACUUCAGCACCUGCAGUCGGUUCUGGCGGUGCAUCAGAAGGCGCACCAUGCACGGGUCAGUACCACGAGGUGUCCGGCGACUGCAGCGCCUACCUGCAGUGCGACGGCAACGUGUGGCGCCUGCAGCACUGCGCCCCCGGCCUGCACUGGAGCCCUGCCGAGAGCCACUGCGACUGGCCCAAAUAUGCCAAGUGUCAAGGCUCUUCGGCUCCGAAACCAACUGCAGCGACACCCAAACCAACCAAGCCUCCUAGACCAGUGCGACCACCAACUACAGUUUCAUCAGGUAAUGCGCCGAGUGAAGACAAAGAAUGCGGCAGCAACGAGAUGCACGCUCCAGCCAGCUCGUGUGACUCGUACCUGCUGUGCGUCUCCGGCCGCUGGCGCAAGCAGCUGUGCCCCCCAGGCCUGCACUGGGACAAGCGGACCAACCGUUGCGACUGGGCUGAUUUCGCCAUGUGUGAAGCGAAUAAACCCGGCACAACAAAGUCCCCUAUAUCAGCAACGUCGACUUCAACAACAACUACUAGACGCCCCUCGUACACUACAUCUACCACCAGACGCCCAUCAUACACUACCACCAAGAAGCCUAUCGUAGACGUUGACCCUAUUAAACCUGGCGAGCGUUGCCAAACAGGCAUGUACUACCCGCAUCCGAAGUGCGAGAAGUUCUUCGUGUGCGUCAACGGUAUGAUGAUAGCCCAAAGCUGCGCGCCCGGCCUGGUGUGGAACGCAGACCACAAUCAGUGCGACUUCCCUAGCGCCGCCUCGUGCUCCGACCGCCGGCAAGUCUCCGCCGCCAUGAUCGACAGCUCCAAGCCUGACAGCCAGCAAACCACAUAUUGUAAUAACGGAGAAUACGCUAACAUGCCUUCGGACUGCACGCGUUAUCGUCACUGCAUCUUUGGAAAAUUCGAGGAAUUUGCUUGCAGUGCUGGUCUUCAUUGGAAUCAGGACAAACAAAUUUGCGAUUGGCCCAAAGCAGCGAAAUGCAAGUCAUCCGCUCCCAAACCUUCCAAGCCUGCGACCACUGCAAAGCCUGCGACACCCGCGAAGCCUCCAGGACAAAUGAAGCCUUCAGUGCCAGAUCACCACGAACACGGUCAUCAUGAAACACAUCCAGCUGCAUCAAAGCCAGUCGCCACAAUUCCAUCACCCGGUACAUCAUCUGAAGCUACAAAACCAGCGCUUGCAAAUAGUCGCUACAAGUUGGUGUGCUACUACACCAACUGGUCGUGGUAUCGACCCGGUCUUGGCAAGUAUACUCCUGAAGAUAUCGACCCCACUCUUUGCACCCAUAUCAUCUAUGGAUUCGCAGUUCUUGGCAAAGAUGGCCUCAUCAUGGCGCACGACUCCUGGGCUGAUUAUGAUAAUCGUUUCUACGAACGCGUAGUGGAGUACAAACGUCAUGGUAUCAAGGUAUCUCUGGCUCUUGGUGGCUGGAACGACUCAGCUGGCGACAAAUACUCGAGACUAGUCAACGACCCCGCAGCUCGCGCCCGAUUUGUGGAUCACGCUCUCGAGUUCGUCGACAAAUAUGGCUUCGAUGGACUCGAUCUCGACUGGGAGUAUCCUAAAUGCUGGCAGGUGGACUGUUCAAAGGGCCCUAACUCCGACAAGCAAGGUUUCGCGGACCUCAUACGAGAACUCUCAGCGGUUUUCAAACCACGAGGCCUAUUACUAUCCGCCGCCGUUUCUCCAAGUAAAAUGGUUAUAGACGCUGGUUAUGACGUCCCAGUCAUGGCGAGAUAUUUGGACUGGAUUGCUGUCAUGACGUAUGAUUACCACGGACAGUGGGACAAGAAGACUGGCCAUGUUGCGCCGCUAUACUAUCAUCCUGAAGACGAUAAUACCUAUUUCAAUGCUAAUUACACAAUGCACUACUGGAUGCAGAAAGGAGCAUCGUCGUCAAAACUUGUUAUGGGUUUCCCGUUGUAUGGGCAAGCAUUCACUCUAGAAUCAGAAAUGCAAGCUAGCGGGUUGAACACUCCAGCUAUAUCAGGUGGCGAUGAAGGAGAGUACACCAGAGCCAAAGGCUUUUUGGCUUAUUACGAGAUAUGUGACCGUAUCAAAAACCAAGGUUGGAAAGUAAACCAAGACCCCUACAGACGUAUGGGCCCAUACGCACACAAAGGCAAUCAAUGGGUAUCUUUCGACGACCCAGAAAUUAUCAAAAAGAAGGUUAACUUUCUGAAAUCUUUGGAUUUAGCUGGUGGAAUGGUCUGGGCCCUUGAUCUUGAUGAUUUCAGGAACAGAUGUGGUCAAGGCAAACAUCCACUGCUAAACGCAAUCAAAAAUGGUCUGCUAGAUACACAUGUAGAGGCAGAAUCUAUUCCCUCGCAGGCUAUUGUUGAACCUGCAAAUGAAAUAGACGAAGAUUUAGAAGAUAUUGAAGUACGGCCUAGUUACAAGCCUAAACCGACCACGCAAAAACCCAUGAAAAUAACUACCAAGCCUCAAACUUCGAAACCACAAACUACUACGACACGACCUACAUUCAAAGAAGAACGUUACAAGGUCGUCUGUUAUUAUACAAACUGGGCUUGGUACAGAACGGGUUCAGGCAAGUACACACCCAGCGACAUUGACCCAUCUCUUUGCACCCACAUCGUGUACGCCUUCGCUGUCCUCGAUAGCAACAAACUUGUCAUCAAACCUCACGACAAUUGGCUUGACGUUGAAAACAAAUUCUAUGAUAAAGUAGUAGCACUGAGAAGUAAAGGCGUUAGAGUUCUUCUCGGCUUGGGUGGUUGGAAUGACUCUGCUGGCGACAAAUAUUCGCGACUUGUGAACAAUCCGUCUGCAAGGCGGAAGUUUGUAGUACACGCCCUAGAUUUCAUCCAGCAAUUCGGUUUUGACGGCCUAGAUCUCGAUUGGGAGUACCCUAGGUGUUGGCAAGUAAAUUGUGAAAAAGGACCAAGUUCCGACAAGCAGGGGUUCGCUAAUCUGGUGAAAGAACUGCGAGCAACAUUCCAACCACACGGUUUACUCUUAUCUGCAGCUGUUUCUGCCAGUAAACGUGUUAUCGACCUUGCAUACGACGUACCAACUCUAUCUCAGAAUCUUGACUGGAUUGCAUUGAUGACUUACGAUUAUCAUGGUCAAUGGGAAAAGAAAACUGGCCAUGUUGCUCCUAUGUACGCCCGCGAAGACGAUGCAGAUAAGACUUUGAAUACUAACUUCACGAUUAAUUAUUGGAUGAACAAAGGAGCUUCGGCUAAGAAACUCGUAAUGGGUAUGCCUUUCUAUGGACAGUCGUUCUCUCUGAUUGAAAACAGUGGAUCAGGUCUUGGUGUGGCUACUUACGCUGGCGGCGAAGCUGGUGAUGAGACUAGAGCACGAGGCUUCUUGGCGUUCUAUGAAAUAUGCGAACGCAUCCGAUCACAAGGCUGGAAAGUGACCCGCGACCCGGGCGGACGGAUGGGCCCAUACGCCACUCUGGGAGACCAGUGGGUCUCAUUCGACGACGACUUCAUGAUCCGCCACAAGGCCGAGUAUGUCCGCGCUAUGGAGCUCGGAGGCAGCAUGGUGUGGGCCCUGGACCUAGACGACUUCACCGGUCAGCAUUGCGGCUGCGGAAAGUCGCCGCUACUGCACAAUAUCAACCACGUCUUGCGAGGCACCAAAGCACCGCCCGCUUGCUCUCUCAAAGAAAUUGCAGCUGAAAUCCCGCAGAUACCAGAAGAAGAAACGUCUGUUGAUGUCUCUAGACCUGAACCAGAACCAUCACCAAUCGAACCUGAUAACCGUCCAGAUGAAGAUUUUGGUGGUCAAGGUACGUCGUUGGAAGGUCAAUCGUGUCAGGAAGCCACUUUCAGGGCCGACAACACAGACUGCAGAAAAUAUUACUUGUGCGUGUCUGGACAAUACAUUCAGCUCACCUGCCCAGACGCCUUAUACUGGAACAAGAAUCACUGCGAUUGGCCUGAGAAAUCUCAUUGCAAGAACAGAGGUAACCUUCGGCUUACGGAUGAAAGCAGUCCAAUAGUACAAUCCGAAGACAAGCCAAUUAUUGCUUGUUACUUUACCAACUGGGCUUAUUACAGACAAGGCGAUGGUAGUUUUGGACCAGAACAAGUGAACCCAGCACUUUGCACACAUAUCGUUUACGCCUGGGCGCAUCUUCAGGAGAAGCCAUACAGGUUACAAUCAGGAAACCAUGAACUUGAUAUUGAAAAUGAUUUCUAUGGAAAAAUAACAGAAUUCCGACAGAAGAGCGUAAAAGUAAUCCUAGGAGCAGGGGGCUUAGAAGAUUCGGAGGAUGACAAAUGGAGCCGCAUGGCUGCCGACCGCGAUAAUAGGAGAGAUUUCAUCAACUCUGUCGUUAAAUUCCUGAGAAGGUGGGAGUUCGAUGGUUUGCAACUGGCUUGGCAAUACCCCGCGUGCAUGCAGGGUUGUUCACGAAAAACGUCAGACAAGGAACACUUCAGUACUCUAGUUCUAGAGUUGUCCGGCGCCCUACGAGCUCACAACUUAGAGUUCUCAGUCAUGGUGUCAGCCACCCCUGCGAUGGCGGAGGAAGCCUACGACCCUAAUGUACUGACUGAGGCGGUAGACUGGCUAGCAAUUGCUGCUAAUGACUACUUCGCUUCGACCAGGGGGAAAACGGCCUACCUAGUACCAUUGGAGUCUAGUCAAAUGGCAGGGAUUAACAGCUUUAAUUCAACACUAGCAUAUUGGACGAGCGCAGUUCCAGCGAGACAACUGGUAAUGGGUAUACCGGCGUACGGGCGGUCAUACACGCUGAGACACGGCCAACACACAGACGCGGGCGCGCCCGUCUCCGGCCCCGGGCUGCCGGGGCCUAACACCGCUGUGCCUGGCUUCCUCGCUUAUUAUGAGAUUUGUUCCGGUCUUCGUUCGAAAGAAUGGCGGGAGACUGUGACAUGGGACGGCACGUACGCCGUGAAUGGGGACCAGUGGGCGUCGUACCUGCGGCCGGCGGAGGUGCACCGCGUGGCGGCGUCGGUGUCGCGCGCCGGGCUGCGCGGCGCCGCGCUGUGGGCGCUGGACCUCGACGACGGCCGCGCCGCCUGCGCCUGCGAGCCGUACCCACUCCUGACUGCGCUCAGGCAAGGGCUCCUCGACCCCACCUUACCGCCUACACCCUGUCUAUAAUAAAUAUAAAUAACUCCCUUGAGCUUUCUGCGCACAGAGCCGAGAAGCGGAACAAGCAAAAUUGCAAGCCAGGGCGCAAGAUUUCAUUUGGGUGAAUAUCAAAAUGUGCCAAGUUUGGGAAAAAACACCAACAACAACAAGGAACAAGUUACCUCGUAGCUAGAACUAUCUUUUUUCAUGUCGGAACACAAUUUUUCACGAAAACAUAAUAUGAAAGUGCGCCACCAAACUUGGCACAUUUUGAUAUUCACCCAUUUACGGUUUCGUCCAGAUUCACGCCCGCUUACCUCGCUCUGUGUACAUCAAACUUUAGAUCAACAUACUACUGUAAGACCUAUUCCAUAAGCAAAUACAACGCUUUUGUUGCUGUACCAUUACUAUCUUAAGAUUUCCGAAUACUCUUAAAACUAUUAAGUACCUACCACUAUGAAUAAGUACAUAAAAUAAGUGUGUUUUACAUACUUAGCUGCUGACCAUACGAAGAUCUGUAACGACAUUGUGAUAUUUUUCGUAGACAUCUAGCGCGUUAGAUGUAUGCAUACUUAGAAUAAGUUACUUUUAUAUUUAAAUAAGAUUUUUUUAAUUAUUAUUAAUGAUAAAAUCUUUGAUUUCUACUUGAUACGACACCUAAGCUGUAAUUUAUUAGUAGGCAAGUUUGU